AUGGGCCCCGGACUGUUCUGCGCGCCCCUCUCUGCUCUCCGCCUCGCUCCUCUUCCGCGCCCGGGCGCUUCACCCCACCUCCGCCUUCAAUUUCAGCCUCGACUUCCACCCCUCACCUCCACCCUCCCACGCUACCACGCUAGCAUGGCCGACGCCGUUGAAGCCGCGAAGCGCGCCGCUGCAAAGACCGCCGUCGCCAACCAUUACCCCGAGAACGCUCGCUGGGUCGGCAUUGGCAGCGGCACCACCAUCGUUUAUGUCGUCGAGGCCAUCAAGGCUCUCGGUGUCGAUACCUCGAACACCCGCUACGUGCCGACGGGCUACCAGUCGCGCCAGCUGAUCAUCAGCGCUGGUCUCACGGCCGUCGAAUUCGAUGCCUUGCCCGCAGGCACAGUGCUGGACGUUGCCUUCGACGGCGCCGACGAGGUCGACGAUGAUCUGAACUGCAUCAAGGGCGGCGGUGCCUGUUUGUUCCAGGAGAAGCUUGUUGCGAUGCAAGCUAAGCAGUUCAUUUGUGUUGCAGACUCCCGCAAACUCCAAUCUCGCCUUCUUUCUAAAUGGAAGUACGUCCCAAUCGAAGUCGCCCCGAUCGCCGCGUAUCGCGUCCAGAAGAAGCUGCUCGAACUCGGCGCCAUCGACCCCGUCAUCCGCACCAACAAGGACUUCAAGCAGGGCCCCCUCAAGACCGAUCAGGACUUCUUCCUCAUCGAUGCGCCAUUCCCACCACUGCUGACUAGUGCCGAUCUUGCAGCCGGCAGGGACGGCUCUGGCAAGAACGGCGUCUGGGAGGUGAACCUGCUUGCGCGCGAGAUUAAGCAGAUUAACGGUGUGCUGGACGUGGGCAUUUUCUCGGGCCUCACGGGGCCGCAAGCCACUGCUGCCGGCGGUGUUGGUGGACAGCGCCCUGUGGCAGCGUACUUUGGCAUGCCAGAUGGGUUGGUGUCGGUGCGGAAGGCUGCUUAA